UGACUGCGUCGAAGAGUAUUAUAUUAUUAUCGUUGUCGGCCCCGCCGCCGCCGUCCGGUCCUUACAGUCGACCGGGUACCACCGUGCACUUAGUACCUGCUCACCGAGUCAGUACCGUCCGCUGCGCGACGGCCGACCGCGGUAUUCUCGUAUCGUUCCCGUGCGCUGUUUGACGGCGGUUGCACCGCUCUGCAGUAACGGUCAUUGUCGCAUUACCGAAAUAACAUUUUUCACUUGUCGUAUUUUAUUUUAUGAUCGUCAUUGAACAAUACACAUACGCGUAGGUAGGUGAUUACGUAUUUUCAAGAAGUAUAAUGCUUCGUUAUGUUUGCGUAUUUAGAAAAAAAACAAAUUACACAAGUGUAUACUAUACACGUACCAUACAUACAGGUAUAUUGUUGGUACGGUUAUUGCGCGUGCGAACGACGUAAUACAAUACAAUAACUAUUAUACAGUCCGUCGAAUAUUAUUCAUUUAAUUUCUUGUGCCUGCGAAAUUAAUAAUAUCAUUGUUGUUGUUUUUUUAUUUUUCCAUGUAUGAUCGAAACGGCAGAUUUCCGCCGGGGUACCCACGAGACGACGCGAGUGCCGCUGCGCCCGAGAAAAUCGCAACAACAACAACAUUUUUGACGAAUGUCCGAGCGACAGGAAAACGAAUAAACGUCUGUAACGUUCCGAGUGAGUAUGUCAAUGUUAAUUUUAUUUCUCGACAUUAACUUAAUUGUAAUGUCGGUACGCGCGCACGUCUAUUACGUCGCCCACUACGCGCAAUUUAAUUUCCCGAGCACGUAAUGACAGUGCGGGUAUUAUGUGCGUUUCGCGCGUACGUCGUGUAAAGUGCAUAAAGAAAUCAUUCGUGUUGGUCGUGAAUUUUUUUGCUUUUUAAUUUAGAAAAAAAAUUAAAAGGCUAAUUUAUUGUAAUAUCAAUGACGCUGCUACAGUGGUCGAAUCCGAAGGCGAGAAUCGGGGGGCAAGACGGGGCAUCUGCCCUCCCCCUGGUCUUCGAAAUUUUAUUUAAAAGCACUUUUCGGCGUUUGAUUUUAUUAUGCCCCUCCCCGAUGAAUUUCCCGCGGGCGCCCGUUAUUAUUAUUUAUAUUUCAUAUUUUUCUUACUCGUAUUAUUGAAAAAACGUAUAAAACGUUACGCCUAGACACGUAUUCGUUACCUACCAAUUAAUUGUUUUAUAUAUGUAUGUAUACAUUUUCGUUUAUUGAGGGGGGGGGGUGAGUGGUCGAAUCACCCCUUCCCCCUCGUCGUCGCCCAUGUCUCAAGUGAGAACGUACUUAGCUCCCAAUCAAUUAAAAAUCCUCGCCUAGCCCACCACUAGUUAAAAAAUUAAAACGCGUACAAAAUUGUUAUUUGUCUGUUAGGCGCGCAUAAUAUUUUAUUGGAUGGCCUACAGGAUGUAUUUUAAUCUCCCGGCCUUAAUUAUUCGGUUCCCACUCCGCUCCCGGAUCGGUUGCUUUAAAUAUUAUAUAUAUGCAUAGGUAUAGUGGAUUAAAAGUGACUAUAAGUACCCUAACCUGUUUUCGUAUAGCAUUUUCACGGUUUUUUUUUGUUGCGAUUAAAACUUCGAAAUCACUUGUGAAAAAUCAUCACUGCUAUGCCCGACCGCUGUUUUCCGCCAUCGAAUAAAAGUGAUCACACUCGUAUAAUGCAAUAAUAUUGUUGUACACCUCUCAGCGCGUGUUAUGCGAUGCCCUCUGAGUGUGAUGAGAUGACGAUGAUGUAUUACGGGCCCGUUGGCAUAUAGGUCGACAUUUUCUCUUUUCCACACGCGGGAUAUUAUAAGAGUCCGAUUUCCUCUAUGUAUAUGUAUAAUAUAUAUUAUUAAUUAAUAAAACUGAUAAUACUAAUGAGCGCUGCAGUUGACUGUGCGGAUCAAGACGAUUAUGCACGGUUCGCCUAUUUAUUAUACAAUAAAAUAUAGUCUGUCGAUUGCGAGAUACCACGGGCCUAACUGCAGAAUACUAUAUUACGCUCGUAUGCUCAUUAUAAUCCGGUCUCGGGACUCAUAUAACGCUUAAAAAAAACCCCGCAUAGUAUACAGGGUGAUUUUUCUUUUUAUCAUGAACCAGCAAUUAUUUCAGUGGAUUUUAAGCGAAUUUGAUUUCUGUUUGUUUCUGAUCAUUAUGGAAUCGUUUAAGCUUUAUUUUAAAAAACCAUUUUUAAUUUUUUUCCCCUAUUCUAUAUAUCUUAAAUAAGUGCAUACUUUUAAUUUUCAAAUAGGCAACCUCUCCACCCUCUUUUGAUACACAAAUUUGAAUAGAGAAUAUUUUUCUAGACAUUUUGAUAUACAUAACACUGAUAUCGGAUUUACCGUUUAUGAGUUAUAACAGUUUAAAGUUUAGACCGGAGGAGUAGGGAAGGAUAAGAUGGAUAGGCAAUUUAUUAAUAAUUGUUGAUAAUUUAGAUAAUUCCUGGUGCAUGAUAAAAAACUCACCCUGUAUAGCCGUCGUAAAAUAAGCACUUAGAACGUAGGUACUUAUUACCUAUUAAUAAACAAUAGUAAAAAACCUUUUUUUUUUUGGUUUCUAAAUGACUGGAAUAAACGGGAGAGGGGGAACCACAAUAGCAAAUUUAAUAUUCGAAUUCGUAAAUCUUUUGUAGAUUCUGAGUGGAGCGAAAAAGUUUAUAGUUUUACAAAGACGUUUAUUUAUUUAUUUUUUUUUUUGGACAACUUUUCUACAAAAUAUCUUGCUCCGAUUUACAAUGAAAUAGCACUUUUUCUAAAAGGAAAUCUGAUUGGGGAGUUACUUUUAGAGAGGCCAUAAACGGAAACAAACGGGGAAAAUAGAAUGCCAAAUUUUACGUUCGAACUCGUGAAUCUUUUUUUUGGGAUCGCACUCACGGAUUUGUACGAUCCGGUGUCUAGCAACGACCGACGACACAACAAUGAUAAUAUUAUUUUCUGCUAAUUAUUGGCAGAUGAGAUAAGACAAACGAGGAAAUAAAAAUUGGAUAAUAUUAAAUACUAAGGUGAAAUGAUUAAAAAGUAAUAGUUGGACGAAAUCUGCAAGUUUGCGAUGAUGGUAUCUUGCAAGAUAUACAAAAAUAAAUAUCGGGAAAAACUAGCAUGUAUCUAAAGUAUUUAUUUUUAUUUUUAAAACUAUCGAUACAAGAAAAAAAAACACUUUUCAAUUGCAUACUCAAACUUGACAUAAAUUUCAAUAAUACUCUAGACGUUUAAUGACACGCUAAAAAAAAAAAAUAAAAAAUUAUCAUAUGCGACGCCGAUUAUAAUACGAUGUCAUUUCGGUUGUUCGGAGGCGCAAACGUUCUUUUCUUGAUUAUUGUAAAAAAAAAAAUUCGUUUACUUCAGUGGAUACAAAUUUCGAGGGGAUGCUGGUGCACGCCCUGACCCCCCAACCCGUCACACACCUGUACCGAUGAUAUUAUAUAUGCAGUGGUGCAUCUAGGAUUUUUAAGGCCAGAUAUAACCAACAAAAAUUCCGUCCCUUCCCAUUUACAACGAAUAUAUACUUAAAUAUUUUCAUUAUAUUUUCGUCAUCGUAUAUAACUCGCAAGCUUCCCGUGUCCUCUAAAAAUUGCCGCCUACAAUCGUUUUACCGUCCCGGGUAAUUGGCCGUUUAUUCGUUCCCCCUAAAAAAUGAAUACUCAGCCACUGAUUAUAUAAACCUAUCUACCUUUAAGUAUAAUAAUUAAAUGUACAUUUGUGUAUGCACAACGAGAGAAAAUGAAAAAACCAUUGUGGUACCGUGCAGUUUACCGGACCUGCAAUUUCAUUUAUUGUGAUUCAGAACAAUAAUAUAGGUAAUUAUUAUAAACACCGGGGGCACGCACAACAGGUUUUGUGUGUGUGUGUGUGUGUAUGUGUAUUUGUCGGGGUUGCGUUUUGUUUUUUGUCGUUGUUGCAUACCCCUGCCUGUUGCAGCUGUCGUCGUCGUCGUGUGUUCCGCGCAAAAGAACCGGAUGCGACAUGUGGAACGCACGCACACCCGGUAUAUUAUUAUUAUUAUUUAUACGAAGAUACCGAAAACGCAAUACUAUGGCCGGGAGACGAGCGUGUAGGACCAAGGACCGUCCGAGAUGCUUGGCCGAAAUUGAAAAAAAAAUAAUUAUAUACAACUAUUAAAGUAAAACGGAAUUAUUAAAUACCCACGAGCAAUAAUAUAACGAUAUAAAUGUUGCUAGGCCGGAAACGGCAUUGUCCACAAUACUAGGUAUGAAUGAAAUAUAAUUAUUUUCAUUAGAAAUUAUUGAGUUAUAAAUGUUAUAAAUGAAUACGUAUACAUGUGGGUGUCUAACAAAGGUACACUCAUUGAAAUAUCUCCCAAGACAUUAAAGUUAAUCAAAUUUUCGAGUUUUUUUUUGUUUACAUUACUCUCAGAGAUAAAAGGACUACAAAUAAUAUAUAUUUUAAUUUGCAAUUUUAAAUUUUGGUAAAAUAAUAAAAAACAGAUUUUUAUUUUAUUAUAUCGAAAAAUUUGAAUAUAGCCAUGUUUUAAAAUUAUUCUUCUGAACAUUUUGUCGUUUCAGUUUUUUAUUUUGAUUGAAUUCGUAAUUUUUAAUCAUUUUUGAAAGUUCAAAGAAAAGUACCUAUAAUAGUAUACAAACAUUUGUUAUCCUUAUCCCUGUGAGUAAUAUUUAAAAAAAAAAAAAAAAAAAAAAAACGGAAUUUGAUUAUCUUUAAUCUUUAUUAUCUCCAGAGAUAUUACAAUGGGACACUCCAGCUGUAUUAUACCUAGGUACUUAUAAAGUUAUUGAAAAUGGUCUUUUGAAAUUAAAUAAAAUUUGAAAACUAUUGAUUUAUAAGACUUUUUAAUUGAUCUAUAGAUACUGUCCGAUAACUAUUUUAGAAGACGGUCGUUUUUAUGACCAAUAAGCUGGAGUAAAAUUUACCUACUUUACCGUUCGCCCGAUUUUAAUUUCAAAAAUAUAUUUGAAUUAUUCAUCAAUUUUUUGUGUGUGUGUUUCGCAGGAAACGUUUUUUAGUUUUUUCAUUUAGUUAAUUUUAUUUAAGUAUACGAUGAGUUUACCGAUUUUUCAUAAAAUAACCUCGUACUCUUAAAAGUGUCACGUAAUAAAAAAAAAUUUUUCCUACAAAAUACAGAAAGAAGUGUAUAUGAAGUCAGAUUAUUUUUCAAAACAUAAAUUGGACUACUGGAGGUACCUAUGUUAAUUAUACUUCAUUUUAUUGGUUUAAGGAUACAUAAAAAAAAAAAAACAAAUCGCUUUCAACCCCUUUAAAGACAAAAUCGUAAUAUUUUCCCGAACGGGUAACGAUUUCGUAUUUCUUAAGAACGUGAAAUUACAAUUUUAAGACAAUAAAUUUCAAUAAUAUAAAUCACAAUAAAAAAUUGUCUUCUUCGAUCGGUCAAUUUAAUGACAGUAUGUUUAUAAAAACGAACCGUUGAAUAAACAACGAAUGAAUGAAAACUAAUUAAUUACAAUCAAGAGAACGUCUGCAUUUAUAGUGCUUGUGUUUAAUUAAUAUUGACAACAUUUUAAAAUUACAUUGCUUAGGACGCAAAUCGAGUAGUUUAAGAUGAAAUAAGAAUUUGAAGACAAAUAACAAAUUGUAAAGAAGAGAAUAUUUUUGUAUUAUAAAAAUUGUCAUUUAGAAAAAAAGUUACAGCUAUUUAAAAAAAAAUUAACAUGAGUAUAAUUUUAUAGUUUGAGAAUUUGUUUUAGAAAAUAGUUACAUGCAGUCCUCAGUAUAAUAUUCUUUUUUUAAAAUUAUGUUGUUCGUGUUCAAACUCUAAUAAUUUGAAACUAAAAGCCGCUAUUUACAUUCGAAUAAGUAACGUAAUUUUGUCAUGUUGCCAGUUACAGUUAGACUGAGACAAGUAGACACAGAUACAGUAUCCUCUUAAUAUUGUAGUUAACAUUGGAAAUUGUUGAGGAGUUGGUAACGGUAUUUUGUAUACAUUUUAGAUUCGGAGCAGAGUGAAGAAUGUAUUGGUUUUAUAAAGAUGUUUAUUUUUUAAAUUCUUUUUAACAUAAAGACUAUUCCUUUAAUUUACUACCUGAUACUCAUCAAAGAGAAAGGGGCUGUUUUUACAAUUUCCAGUAAAAUAAUUCAAUUUUUAUUUUCGAUAUUUAUUUAUUUUAAUUUUAUUUUAUUUGAAUUGUAUACAAUGGAUACUGGGCCCCACUGAGAGAACUCGUGUGGGGGGCCAGGAGUAUUUACAGUGUUGGAAUAUACUCAUAACUAGAUCAUACAAAAAAAUACAAUAGCUUAAAUAUUAAUUAGUAAACAAUAGAAAUAAAAUAAACCACGAUAACAAGAAUGAAUAUAAAUUAUAUAUGAAUGCACAUGCAAAUAUAGUAAACAUAAAAUAAAAUGUAUAAUAUUCUUAUACUAAAUCAUCUAAAUCUAAUAAACAGUUUGAGAUUCUUUUUUAAAAUAAUUCAUGUUUGAGGUUUAAAAUAUUAAUAGGUAUUUUAUUUUAUUAUUAUAUAAUUAAUUUUGUGUGAAAUAUUUGAAAAUAUGCAUAUUAAAUAGGUAUCCUGAGGUGGUUUUUUUCGACCAAUUCACUAAAAAGUUAUUCUUAGCAUAUCUAAUAUUGAUGCCAUAUGCGGUAUAGGAUUUAAUAAAUUAUGUUAUUAAAUUAUAGUUUUAUAAUAUAAUUUUUGAAUGUGUAGUACCUAUAUUUAGUUCAUUAUACAGUGCUUCUGUUGAGAAUCUUUUAUCUUUGUUAAAUGCCACUUUUAAAAUUUGGUUUUGGCAAAUUUGUAAUUCUAUUAAAACAUUAUUGAAUGUUAAGUCUAAUCUAACUAUACCAUAAGAGAUAAUUUAUUCUACAAAGCUAGAUAUCUUACAUAGAACAUACCCUAUAGUUAAUGAUGCAAAGAACCAUAAUUCGUUCACAAAAUUGGAAUCCGUCUAACAUAAUCCAUACAAUUUACCCGGGCCUUUACAUUUAAAUAGACUAAAAUAUACAUCGUCACCAAUCCUCUUAAGCUAAAACGUUUUUUUUCUUUUCAAAUGUCUUCUAACCGUAUAACUGUGCAUAAUAUACAUUAUAUAUUCUGACAUUAUAAUAUAAUAUAGUGGAAUAUCCGCGGCCUUAAUUCUAAAAUUAACUUAAGUAACCAUGAUCUAAAUCUCUGGGACUUUUAUUUUUUAUUAUUUUGGUCCCAGUCAGCCUCUAUGCAGGUUGUAACGAUAUCUAUAUUAUAAUAUUAUAAUGGUUAAUACCACAGAAUAAUAUUAUCUAUACACACCCGUUAAGCACUGCGGCCGUGAUAAUAAUGUUAUGUUAAUAAUACUAACGAGUGUUAACGCCCAACCGGUCGUAUAGAAAACAGGCCGGCGGCGGCACUUUCACGUAUAGAACGCUCGGGGAGCCCGACGUUGACGUUUGUGGCGACGGCCCGCGUAAUAUUAUUUUCCAAUUUCCCAUGCACAUCCGGUCGCCGCCGCCGUGGCCGUGGGUACGACCGAAGAAAUUAUAAUAUAAUAUUAAUCAUUGACACGGGUUGCGAAGAUAUUUCUGAUAUAAUCUUAUAAAUAAAAUUGAAAUCCCGUUUGUAUAAUAUGUGUCCAUUAUAAAAAUCUACAGUUUUAUUCUGAUCUUGACGAAACUUUGCACUGUACAUGGCAUUCUAAACGAGAGGGAGAUCGUUUUUUUUCAAUCUCGAAAUUCAAUCUCUAAUAACAUGGUUAAAACAGCCACAGUAUUUUAGAUUAUGAGUGGAGCAAAGAAUGUGUUAGUUUUAUAAUGAUGUUUAUUUUUAUUUAUUUUUAAUCAGGUAUUAUUGUUAUUUUUUUUAUCAGUGAACAAAUUUUCUACCAGCAAUAUUGCUCAGAUUUACAAUGAUAGCACUUUUUCCGAAAGGAAAUCUGACUGGAGCUAUUAAUUAUAAUUCAGCUAGUAUAAUAUAAGUCGAUUAACUGGAUCCCUCUUUGUUUUGUUAAACGGCUGAAAGUUGACCUAAAUCUGGUAGUCAAAUACCCUACGAGGCUAUUUUACAUUAAUGUUAUUUUGUGUCGUCCUUAUUUUUGGAGAUGAAACUACUAUACUUACUAUUGGUUUUCAAAUGGAAAUCCAUGUUAAAAAUUCCAUAAAUAGAUGGAGUAUUGGUCUAAAUGCAUUUUGGUGUUGACAUUUUUGAUUUCCGUCAACCCGUUGAUAAGGCAUUCCACUUUUAAGUUUGGAUAGGGGGAGAGUAGUGGAGCAUCAUUUGGUUAACUGCAUGACGCGUAGCAUUUGAAUAGUAUAAAUUGUAGAACUGCUAUUGUUUCUUAAAUGUUCUACAAAAUAAAUUCCGAACAAAAGUUAAUAAUUUCGAGAUACCUAAUGCUUUUCUUAUGUUAUGUUGAUCACCCUGUAUAUUGCAUUCACUUCCGCACGCUCACGAAAAAAAACACGGAGUGGUAAAUUCGAAUCGACCUGGUCCCGAAACGGAUCACAGAAUACUCAUAUGUAUCCGGUUGGAGGUCACAGCGUUUGUAACCGCUCGCGGGAGAGAGUGCACACGUGACGACUGCAUCGCGAGUGCAUCCCCACGCGUACCUACGUCUUGGAUAUACCUACCAAAUAUAGAUGGUAGUUAGUAAAUUCGUUCGGGUCCGUCGACCGAUCUUGGGAAAAGCCAAUAAGAUGAGCGUAUAAUAAAGUAAAUUCAUUGCUUGAAAUGAAAAAAAAAAACAAAUUAGAAGUUGGACAUGCGGUUAUAACUGAUAUUCAUGACGGGGAGGGCAAUAUUUUUUAAAUUUCUGAAAAUACUAUACUCAAUAAUAUAGAUUUUUAAUCCAUAUCACAUACAACUCAAUACAAAUAAAUAAUAUCGCCGUCCGCGGUAUAAUAGGUGCAUUCGUUACAAUACUCAAUAAAAAAUGUACGUGAAUUAUGCACGUUUUUAUCGAUGUACUAGUAUUAUUCAGUCGAGUCGCGAUAGUUCAAAAAACUCAACAGUUCGGUAUUUUUUUACUUGGCUUGAAAUUCUCGGACACUCAACGUGUUUUAUUAGAGUCGUUAAAUCGAAUAAUAAAAUUGUGAUAAAUAACUUAGCCUGGUUCUUGUAAUGUCCCGUAAAACGUUAACCGUGAGUUAAUCUGUAGAGUAUAGCAUUUUACUGCUUUGUGGCAAAUUUAACGCCGGUUAAUGCUAACCGGACAUUGUAAAAACGGUUACAAAGUGGGUAAUAUCUGGGUUUUUUUGUAAACAUAUUGCAGUCAUCGUGACUCGACUAUAUAUUAAAAUUGAUAUUUUAAAAAAAAUUUAAGACAAUACAGAUGACUAUAAAAUAUCGAAACCUGCCGAAUAUUCAGGUGUAAAGAUAUGUUUUUUCAAAUGGUUUAUUCAAUAUAGAAGAAUAGGCAGAAUAUUUCGCAACUCAAUUUGAUUGUUCUAAUUUUAAAGCAAGCCUAAGCUUGCUGGGAAAUUGAAAAGAUAGUCAUAAUAUCAUUUUUUUUUUUUUUUUUUUGUAAAAUAUUUAACGAACAUGCUUCUCUAUAUUUAAGUGUUCUCUAUUAAUGUAAUAAUAAAUGGUCAGAAAAAUUGUUAAAUAUAAUUAAACAAUAUUUUCUCGACUGUGUUUAAUGUGGGCGAAACAGCAUUUGUUUUUUAAAUGCCUACCCAAUCGGCAAUCGCAUUUUUAUCUAUAAAUUUAAUAAAACUUUUAUAUUUUUAUUUCAUUAUGACAUUCAAAAGUUUUACUUAAUUUUGAUAAAUUCGAAUUAGCUAAUACAUUUCUCGAAGUUAUUUUUUACCCUCCUUCAACUUCCAGUUAUGUCCACUCGACUGAUCAUAUUUAUUCCUCAUUUUAGUUAGAUAAAAAUAAAAAUACAAUUGUAAAAAGCCAUGGCCCAAGGGAUAGGGGAUCUAAUAUCUACCCUCCCCCAUUAAACAACAGCUGAGGGGGACGAAAAAGCAUAAGAAAAUUGAAACCCCACCCAAAUUGAGAAAUUUAAAUUCAUCGUCAAAUUAAUUAUACUUAUCAAAAAACAAAAAAAUGCAGAGUGCAUUAAUUUCUGAAGCCAAUACAUUUGCAGAUAUUGCUGGAGUUUUUAAAUUUUUAACCACACCACUCCAUCGUUUUAACAGUUUGCAGUCAAUUAUGAAAAAUUAGAAGUACUCUAAAAUAUUCGUUUGUUUAAAAAAGAAGAGGUACUGCGUUCUCCCACCAAUUCACCGUAUAAUUUAUGUAGGUAAUAUAAAAAAAAUAUCUAAGCAUAUACAUUUUAUUGUUUAAAACGAAACCUAUCUGAACCACUUUAAUGUUAUACGAAGCAGAUUAGAUUAGUAUACUGUAGGUUUUACACUUAUAUAGCAAAUAAAGUAAUACUAAUUAUAAGAACUUAUAACUAUAGUCAGGGGUAAUGUGAGAAAAACAUGUAAAAUUUAUCCAAGCUACCAAAAAAAAAAACCGUACCUAAUAUACACAUUUUUCUCGCGUUUUAAUUUGAACUAGUGGUGAACGAGGUGGUGCAGCUAGGAUUUUGAAUUAAGAGAAGCUAUAACUACGUUUAUACUUAUGGAUAAAGAUAAGAGAGUGGAAGUUUUGAAUCCAACAAAUUUAGAAAAGUGUUUUUAUUAAUAUUAAUUUUAAUGCAAUACUUUAAACGAUAAUGUACAUAUCAAAAACUUCUAGGUACUGAAACAAGAAUAAAAUAUGUCUUGGCAUAAUUUUUUACUGUAUUCUUAAAAAAUACAAAUAAGUAAAAUAUUAUUUACAAAUAUCAGGCCACCAGGCUAUAAUACGAUCCAGGCCAUUUGGAAAAUUUCCAUUUCUAGACCGGUCACUCUGCCCCUGCGGCUAUGGUAAUAUUUAGUUAAUUGAUUUCAAUGCUGAUUCUAUGGCAGACUGAAUUAUUAUAAAUAUAUACAUUUUAAAGAUUGAUCUUUUAUUUGGCCUAAACAGGUGGGUACACGUUACGUUGUAUAUGACACAUUUUUCAAACUCAACAUUUGUCCACCCCCUCCCCUUGGCAAAAUCCUAAAUACGGCACUGAUAAUAGUCUGUAUUAUCAUAGCUAUACUGCGGGUACAUAGAUGCGUGUGGACACGUAUUUUUCGAAUUUUUGUAGGUACAUACCUGUACCUAUAAUAAUAAUAAUAAUAAUAAUAACAAUAACAAUAAUAAUAAUAAAAAUAGUAAUGUUAUUAUUGUUUAUCUUUGCGCAUCUCGAAGCACGCGCGAGACCGACACGCGUCUUUUGUAUCGUACAGGAUAUAUAUAUCAAGAUUUGUAAAAGUAGGUAAAGAUGGUAGCCGUACCGGCUGUCUGCAGCAGCCGAGACAACAGGUUCUCUCUCGGCGCACCCACGACACGUCCGAUAAACGGCAUUCUUCGAGAGAAACACGAUACGACGAUAAAAAAAAAAAAAAUAAAUAAAAAAUAAAAAUAGCAUCGGUAUAUUAUAUCCAUGAUAAUAUUGUAUAUCCGCUGCAGUUUAUUUCGAUAAAUGCGCUUUCGUCGAGCGGACCAAAAAGCGAUUGUUAAUUGCUCAAUUUAUGCCGACCGACCGAUUUUCGUGAGAUCGAUUUUCGUUAAUGUACACAUAGAAUUUAUUCGUAUAUAUUAUUGCAAUGUUCUGUAUACUCUACACCAUACUUAAAUCCACAUCGUCAUUUUCAUACUCUUCUCUACCGCUAUUAUUCGACCGCUUUUUUCUCCAGACUCCUAGUAUGGCGUAUAAGCGGGGUUUACAAUGGUAGAGUAAUUGGGGUGGUGUACUCUACCUUGCUAUUUAUCCCUUUCACUCUACUCAGGGUUGGACAAGAUACCAAAAAAAAUCUUGAUACAUUAUACAAGAUAAAUUAAUUAUAUGCAUCUUGAUACAAUAUAUAAUAUAUAUUACAAAACUAGAAAGAAAUACAAUAGAUAUAAGUACACGAUAAAAGCAUUAAUGGACAAAGACACAAAAUUUUUUCAAUUUUUUAAUUUUCAUAAUUGACGGGAAUAACGUGCUAUGUAAUAAUAAUUAUUUGUAAAAGUACGUUUUAAUUGUCAACAAAUCGCCGGUUUCUAAGUUAUUAUGUAUGAUGAUACUAUACGAUAAGCACGUUAUUGCUACCGACCCUUCAAUUUAUUUUUAAACAUCAAUUUGGUGAAUGUUUUGCUAUAGCAAUAUGUGAUUUUAAAGAUUUAAAAAAAAAAACAAAAUAAAAUAUAUUGUCAGUUUAUUAAUAUAAUAAAUAAAUGUAAACGGAUUGAAUUGAACGCCAUUAACUAAUACAAAUACUCUCUAUUUAGAUAUUUAUUAAAAUAUAUAAUCUAAAUUUUAUUUGUACUGAUAAAUACUUGCUUGUCCUUUAAAAAAAAAACUAAUCUUUCAAAUAUGCCGUACACUGAUGAUCCUACUAUGGCACUGUUUACAUCAGAUUAGUAAGCGGAAUAGUAUUAUACUACCUAUUCUUAUAUAGCGGUGCGAUACUCUCCCAAAUACUCUACCGAUGUAAACCCUGCCUAAUUAUUGAGAUUUUUGUGUAUACGAAUUGUAGAUGGCUAACUGUGAUAUUUUUACGUAGCAGUAACAGUUGCUACUUUGAAAAUGUCUGUCAAAAAUCACCACUACUGCUAUUUUAUACCACCACUAAUACGAAUAAUAUUUAUUCCGUUUUCUCAUCGGUUGGUUUUAUUUUUCUUACAGAGUCCACUAGAACGUGUACAUAAUAAUACAAUGUGGUGGCCCCGGCCACGAUGGAAGAUUAACGAUAUUUUGUCCGUUUAUUUCGCAUUGUUAUUCAUCGUCGUGACAAACGCAUCAGUAGCAAUGGCAGACGACGGAGGACAGCGUUGUGACGAAAGUAAUACGUCCGCAGUGAUAUGGACGACGGCCCUUUGUACGACCCUGUUGAUAUUGGUCAUCAUCGCAGUAUAUUUCGCUUAUUGUAAAAGAAAAGAACACGAUUGGUCAUCCUUAUGGUGGAAAAAUAAUCCAGGUAUUUAAUAAUAUAUUAUUAUUAUUUAAUAUUAUAGUCAGAGGUUAAGGUAAGGAGGAGGAGAAGGGCGAACCUUCUUCCCCUUAUACCCCACGGAACACAAAUUAGCUUGUAAAAUACAAAUUUCUAGUAUUUAUUUUUUAAAACAUAAAUAACCGACAUUUAUCCAAAAAAAAAUAAAUGUAUUUUUUUCUACUAUAAUUGAAUUAUACUAAUUUUAGUAUUAAAUAAUAGAAAUUUAUUUGUAAAGUUUUUAGUAGUAUUAAAGCAAACACUUGCUUAAUUAUUUCUUUUGUCUCAAAAAAGCUAAAAAGUAAUCUCGCUAUUAGAUUUAAUUUACUAUUAUAAUAAUUAAACCAUCUGUAAUUUUAAAAUUACAUUUUUCAUUAAUACAAUCAAAUUUUUAUACGAGUUUCAUUAAAAUAAUUAAAUUUAUAUAUCCAAUAUAUUCUAUUAAAAAACCUUAUAAAGAAUCAUUAUCCGAUUUUAAAAUUGAAAUCCGUCAAACAUAAUAUUACAUGCACUUUUUCUGAAUUUUCGGUUAAGUCUACUUAAAUAUACACAGUCACCAAUCCCUUUAAUAUUAAUAAUAUAUGUAUACUACUGGGGUGAUAAAGUCAGUUGUACAAUUGUAAAAAAAUUCAAAGUUAGUUUUGUACGUUUAUAUUACAUAAUUAGAAGAAAAAAAAAUCAGAAUAGAUGCUCAAAGUGUACAUUUUUUAAAAAAUUUUGUAUAACAAAAAUAGGAGCCAGGUUUUGGAAUUAUUAUGGGAGUUGAGCUAUAUAAUCCACCCAUUAUUUUUUAAAAACAGUUUGAAUUUAUCAACGUAAGUCAAUUUAUCACAUUCGUUUAAUAAUUGAUAAAAACACAAAUUAUUAUAAAACGUUUACUUAAAAACUUAUUAUUAGAUAUAGAUAUAUUAUUAUAGGUUAGACAUACAAAUACAUAGUCAAACAUUUAUUUUACAUAAAUUAGAUUAGAUUAGAUAGGACUAAUAUAAAAGUGUUUUGCCUUACUUUCGUACUGUUAAUGAAACUUUUAGCAACUAAUGAUAGAUCAACUUUUUUAUCUCUGUGAACAUGGAGAAUUUAAGUAUCAUUGAAACGUUCUUGAGGUGUUGUGGAUCCGAGAUAUGUCUUAAGUUACAAAAGUCCGAUGUACAGAAAAUGUUCUCUGUGCCUAUACAAAUUUUUAACACAAUUCAUAAUAGAUUAUUUGACUCUGGUAAUAAGUCACUAAGCAUUUUAUCAUUUCUUAAAAUCAAUGACGCAUUGAGUGUAGUAAAUUAAAAUACCUCUCAUUUUUGCUAUGUCUAAAAAUAUUUAUUUGUUUAAUUUUAAUUUUAAUUUGUCAAAAUAAGAUUCAUAAAAAUAAAUUAUGUCCGUUUUCGAAUUUUGUCCAAUAGUAUAACUUUCUAAACAUGUGUUCAAUGACAUUUUUAUUUAUUUUGGAACCUUUCUCUUAAUGAAAAUAAAGUUACAUAUAAAAUUGCAUAAAAUAGUAUACAUUUCACUACCUUGGGCACAACAUUUUGAGAUUGUUUAUUCUCUAUUUGUUUGGUCAAAUUCAAUAUAUUUUAAAUCAGCUUCAUAUAAAAUAUCAUCAAAGUUCGAUUUUCGUUAUUCUUCAAUAGAAUCUAUAAUAUUUUAGACCUUAAAUUGUGCUUCUUAAAAACCCAAUGACACAGUUAUUUGUUGUGCGUUAAGUUAUUUCUAUUCUGUUAAAAAAUUCAACCAAAAAUCAAACUUUAUUAUUUUUAAAUCAUUCAUUAAUAAUAAUGAUUCAAAGGCCAGCCUAAUACAUUUUAUCGAGGGUAGAGCCUCGGCUUUAAUAUAUCGUAAGGUGCUUUAGCCCCGAAGCCCCGUGUACUUGGCGCUUAUGUGUUAUCAUAAACUAUGUAUAGUUAUACCGAUGCCUAAAAUAUAUAUUGUAUGUUUUAACGUUUUAAAUACUAUUUUCAUUGAAUAGAAAAUCGUAUAUAAUAAAAAUACAAUACAUAUUGCGUCCUGCAAUUAUACGAAAUUAUUGAUUAUUUUAAAUUGAAGUAACAAACGCCGUAUAAUUCAUAAACUUAUAUUACAGAUAAUAAUUUCAACAAGCCAUAUGUAUCGCAUAUUACAUUUAUUACCUAUAUGGAGUAUAAGUAUACAUAAAUUCUAUUUACAUAUAUUAUUUUAUAAGUAAAAUUCAGUCGAAUUAACCAAUUAUAAACAAUUUUUAUCUCGAAAUUGUUUGAUUUCAUGAAGCAAUAAAGUAUAAAUGUAUACAAACUUGUUAUUGAUACGAAUACGUUUAUGUAAAUAAUAUUAUAAUAUGACGUGUACAUGGACACAUACACAUUCACGGGCUAAUUAAAAUAGCGGCUAAUAUUUAUAAACGAUGAUUAUUAUUUUUUCGAGAGUAUGAUUUUCUCGUUGAUUAGAUAGAUACUCAUUGGCACGAUUAAAUUACGUAUAGAAACAUAGAUAAGUAUAGCUAGGUAUACAAGAAAAUACAAAACGAAUAACUUUAUGAACAAUUUAAAAAAAUAACAAGCACCGAAUAUAUAAUGUCAAUUCAACCCCUUCCACCAUUGACUUUGUACGCUAUUCGCUAUACUUGUCUCUGAUAGAGAUAGAGAUCUCAACAGUUAUAAUUAAUUUUUAUUUAUUCUAUUCUAUUGUACCUUUAUAUAACUUUUGAUGUAAAUCCUUCUAAUUUUUUGUAGAUAAUUGUAAUUAAUUAUGUAUUAUCAUUUGUUAAACUGUUAAAAAUGUUAUUUAAUAUUAUCAAUAAGUUAGAUGACCUUUGUCAGGAACACUUUAUACAAAAAAAAAAAAAGGGUAAUUGUAUCCUUAAUGAGAUAUAAACCAAAUCAGUGUUUAAAUUGGGAAAAACUGCGAGUUUAAAGUUAACCGUUACCGGAAAUUGAGAGGUGUUUCUGAGAAAUAACUAAACCUAACUAAACUUUCAGGAAACCCAUAAUGGAAACACAACUUCCAAAAUAUUUUUAUCUCACACGUUUCUUCAUAAAAAUAUUAUACUAAUAUGAUUUAAAAUUAAAACUACAUGGGGAUGCGGUUUAAUUUGAUUUAAGGGGACUUCAUUUAUUAUUCUACGCAUACGCCUGCUUAGUAAAAAAAAGUAAAACAGAAUUUGAUUAUGAAUAAUUUACCUGUUAAAGAAUUUAUUUUUAAUGAAAAUAAUUAUAUUUCUUUAAAAAUGUCUCGGUCACAAUAAUUAAAGCAUUCUCUCCGACUUCGAAGAUUUAAACUUGAGGGAACUAACAUGGUUUUACCUUAAAUAAGGAUUCCGCCCCCUCAUCCCCCCACUUUAAACACUGAACAGAAUUAACAAGAGGGGCAUUAGCCUAACGUACAUUAUAAUGUUAACACUUAACCGUUAUAUUAUUUUUAUAAUUACCGUAUUAUAAUAUUUAUCGACGUAACGUUUAAUUUUGGAAAUAAAUUUAUUUUAUUUAAAAAAAAAAAUAUAACAUUUUAUUUAUUGGGUUUUAUGUCUAACACUGAUGGCAAAUCGAUUUAUAAUACAAUGUGUACAUCAUUAUUAUUAUUGUUGACGCGACCAGAAUUAAUUUCCGAAGGGAGAGAGGGGGCGGUUAUGAAAAUUUCGGGUUUUCGGGAUAGUAAAUAAAUUAUAUUAAAAAUAUAGGUGAAGUGUAUGACGUACGCGUAUUCGAAAUCGUACAAGAAAAUGUUCGUGAUAGCGAUAUAAAUUAUACACAAUAAUAUAAGUAUAGGAAUUAAAAAAAAUUAUCUGAAAAUUCGGGGGAAGGGGAUUAUUACUCUUUCUGGUUGCGUUACCGAGCACAACGUGUCUAAAAUUAAUAUUAUAAUACUAAUCACAAUAAUAUAUAUCGUGUCGAUGAAACAUGUGAAUAAUAUUUUUAAUUUUAAUAUAGAUAAAAAUAUCGUAUUGCAAACUUCGCCUCCGACAAAAGUCCGACGUCAGAAAAUCGACGGUGCCGACAACCCAUCGUUUUCGGCAGAUUCCAACUUAGACGACUGCGGUGUAGUCGAAGCUGGAACUGCGAUUACACGAGAAUCGACUCAUACUGUGCAAGUGCCGUCAUCUGCAACCGUAGCCGUUAACGAGUUAAUGGAAAUUGAUUUAUCGAUUAAUGAAGAAAGCGGUAGACAAAUAUACAUGUGCAAACACAACAAUGGAUCAAAAGGUAAAACUGAAAAAAAAAUCAUACAACUUUUUAUUUGAUUAAGAGGAUGUUAAAGGUGCAUUAUUUUCCGUCUUACGAACAUAGGUAGAUAAUUUGCGUUCGGUGAGGGCAACUUUGUGUCAUUAGUUUUAGUAUUAGAGUCAAUCGACCUGUUAUCAAACCCAUAGUUCAUAACUGGAGAUGUUACAAACUGUUCGAUUUGCUUCGGUUCAAAUAUCGGUACGAAAAACCUUAGAUAUAAAAAUAGAUUGUUUGGUUGUUUUAUUUAACUGUUACUUUGACUUUUGAAGCUAUUUACUUUUUGGUCAAUGAUUGGUUCGAGUUCGGUUCGAUCAUAAAAAUCAGCGUUCAUAACACCUCUAUGUAGUAAGGACUAUUAUCCGUGAAACCGUGUACAUAGGUAUGUAGGUGUUUUUCGAUAUUAGCGUUUUUGAAUAAUCGUGACAAUUCACAUUUUCAACUCAUAUUUCGCUUAAAAAUUAAUUUAUCGAGAAAAAUAACCGUCAUAUUUGCACGGAUAAUGUCCUAAUCUUUGAGUUUGAUAAUAUAGUUCGCUCUAGAAUAUUAAAAGCACAAAGUAAAGUAGCAUGUACACGUACAGUAGCACGACGAGUUCACAAUUAGGUUAUUAGAUUAAUAUAAUAUAUUAUGUACAUUUUAAUUUCAAUACAUUUAUGAAAUACAUUAUACGCAAAAUAAUUUAACUUGUAUACAAAUUUAAUAAGCCCGAGUUAAAUUUAUUGAAAAACAUAAUGUAUACUGUUGUUAGUGUACGGCAACGUAGGUAUAUUAAAGGUAAGUAUAUUAUGCUAAAAUAUUAUUUUAAGGUACGCGGGGGUUGGUGGUGACUGGUGGGUGGGGGCGAGGGAUAUCAUAAAUUAUCGGCGACAUGAAUAAUUUAAAUAUACGUAUAAUAUUAUAUCGACUGUAUUUAUAUUUAAAUUUAUUAAUCGAAUAAGUUUAGGUAAACCGUCGAAUAACGGUAUAUUAUAUUAUUUUUUAUAAAAAAAAAAAAAAAAAAAACAGAAAAUGCUCUCGGGGCAAGUAUAUAAUGCGAGUAUAUUUGACGUUUUUACUAUCUCCGCGCUUUCUCAACGGCGACGACGACGGUGCAUCGCCGUAACGCGUAUAUUAUUAUAAUAUCAUACGAUUCUGUUUAGUGGUAAAAAUCUAAAAACCGCAACAUGAUCGAUUGGAUCAUAGGUCAUUUUCGUCGCUAAAAUUUUACUUUCAAACCGGUGAAAUUCGCGUACGCGCGAAUUAUGUGUAAUAUAUUAUUCAAAACACAAUUCGCAUACCCGGUGACGAAACGGAAUAAACUGCGUUCGUCCUCGUGUAAUCGCUUCAGAUUCGAACAUUCAUAGAUUUUAAACCGUAGCGAAAACUGCUCGGUACACCUCUUAAAAUAAACUAUAUAAGUAUACUAUUAAAUAGGUGUUAUUAUACACGAUGCCGACGCCGGUUUGAAUGCCGUGGUAUUAGUGAGAAAUUCGAUCGCACUUAUACAUUUUUCCCCUGUAAAAAUAAUACCCCGGUACCAAAUAAAGAUAAAUAAUCGCGAUAAUAUGGUCGUAGGUAGGUAAUAAUAGUAUAUUAUACGGACAGGCUGUGUUGGGCGCGAAACGUUUUGCGGAGCAAUACAUUUUUCGGAUCCGGAUAUAAAAUUGUCCAUACUCUAGUCUUUUUCUGGAGAGAUAAUAAACAGAGUUGCUAGACUCAGUGACUAGACAACUCAGCGAACUGUAAUACAAUGAGAAACUCAUUGCUAUAGAAUAAAACCGGUGUGUCCGUUCAUCCGACGACCGUUCUUACAAUAGUCACAAAAGAAAACGAAUAUCCUAAUAUUGUUGUUGACAAAUGAACGUAUUAAUAACAGUUAUUGUAAAAAUUCUUAUUGGUAGUUGUAAAAGAAAAUUAUUUUUCUAAUAUUAUAUGAAAAAUCGUGUAGGUACACAUUUAUCUGACGACCGUCGAAUAAAUUGUCUAUUAUUAUUGAAAAAUUAACAUGAUUUAUUAUAAAAAUUUUAUACUAAUGUAUUUUAUCAACAAACUGUUGUACGAGUAUGUGACAUAAUUAUUAUAUUGUGUUAUUUAAAUGAAAUCAAUUUAGUUAUUAAAGAUAAUUCAAGAUACAAUAACUACCAAUUUAUUCAUAGUAGGUGCUAUAGUUAUCAUAACACAAUAUUCUGCUUUAUAAUAGCAAAAUCCAAACACUGCGAUUUACAAUAUUUAACAUUUGAUAAAAACGUGGACACUAUGUUAUCAAAAACGAUGUGUCAGAUGUAAAGGAGUUAUAAUAUGUAGGCAAUUUUAUAAUUUUCGGAUCUGUACAAUUUAUUCCAACCAAGAACGUCUAUGUAUGUAUAUGUUCACCUUAUCAGUUAUUCAAGAUUGAUUCAUAAGGUAAUGCGUUUUUUUUUUAUAACUUUAUCAUCUAGUAUCUACUUAUAUAUGGUGGAUAACUGAUAAAUGACCUCAGUUUUCCUCCUGAUUUAUUGUCCUUCCGGGAACAUUGCUUAACAUACAAUGUAGAUGUGGCCCAUCCAUUUUUUUUAUUAUUUAUGAUUUUCCACAUUUCUUUACUAAAUUUGUUACGAUUUGCGAUAAGUAUUUGUUGAAGGGACAGUUUUUAGAGAUUUAUUUAAGAUACAUAAUAUACGCGUUGGUAUUUAUUUUUAUUCGCAAAUGCAGAAAGGAUUCACGGUUCUAACUGGGAUGCCCGGAUAGGGAGUUAUUCAAAAAUAAUAAACACAAAUGAUAGCUGUCCGAAAGCAUAUAAUAUACCUAUUUUUAAAUGGUUUAAAUGGAUUGAAUAUUUAACACUACUAUAUUAUAUUUCAAUUGUACAAUUGCUUCAUCUAGGGGACCUCGACCACUUCCAUUCGUUUGCUCAUGUCCGACUUUUAAUAAAUAAAUAAAAAUAUAAAUAAAUCCCGAUUCGUUACGCGAAACCAUAUAUUGAGUAGCCUUUUAUUUCUUGUGCAGGAUGUGCGACCGAGCCGCGUAACUGAAAAUGUUUUUUUAUUAUCUUUUCGAACAACUGUACCACGUCGGUUUUAACUAAUCAGUUGAAUUAUCGAGAAAUAAUUACGAUAGCAAGUAAGUAUGGACUAUAGAAAGUACCGAGUAACGAGUCCAACAAUUUCUUUGUAUACCAGUAUAAACCGAUUAGGUUAUAAUAUUAUAAUAUAAUAAAAGAUAGAUACCGAAAUUGUUACCGUAGUACACCGCCGGUUUAAUCAAAUUAAUUUCCAGAAUUCCAGUAAAAUACGUGCCAGUUUGCAUUUUUUUUUUUCAUUUCGUUUAUGUAUGUUUGGAUUAAAUGAUAGAAGUCAACAACAUUCAUUUCGUAAUAGAUAAUUUAUAAAAAAAAAAAAAAAAAACAAAAUAAGACUGAAUAUAUCACAAUUAUUAUUAACAAUUCUAAAACUGAAUUGCACAAAAAUUAUACAGAAAAUCGAUCAACUAUUACGAAGAACUACGAUAUUUACGGUUUUAGUUAAUUAUUUGAUGUCAAAUAAUAACUUCAUAAGUUCGAUGUUUUUGAUAACUAAUGCGAUUAUUACUAUUAUAUAAUAUGUUACAUUCCAUAGGUGAAUUUGUCGAAUUCAUGAAAUAGUUAAUAUUUUGUUAAUUUCAUGGAAUGGAUUAGUCAGAUGUCCAAUCCAUAGAAUUGGCAAAAAGUUUCCCAUUUCAUGAAUCGGGUUUCAAAAUGCUGUCAUUUGCAUGAACUGGCAACUUAUGUUUUUAAAUUAUAAACUAAAAACUUUAAAACUAUAAAUUCGCCAGCUGAUCAUAUGACAUUGAAAACUAAUAUGUUUUAUAGCUAUAGAUAAAUUAAUUUUUGUUAAUUAAUGCAUUUUUUAAUAUAUUUUUUUCUAUAAAUGUAUUGCUUGCUCGUAUUAUUGUUAAAUUAAUUUUUUUUUAUUCAAUUUAAUUUAAAAAAAGCUGUCCUAGGAUAACACGGAUGGGAGUAGUCACUAUUAUAGGUAAGAAGUUAGAAAGGUAGUAUAGGAGAAAUUUAACGAAAAAACGAUUCUGAGCGUUUUUCGAUUGAUUGUAUUGUUUUGUUAACAAUAAAUAUAUCAUAUUACUAUAGUGAAAUAAUUACAUAUGUAUUAUGUAUUUUUUUUGAUAAAAUUUGUUUAAUAUUGUACCUAUUUUCCCAUUUUUUCUACGUUUUCCCGUUUUUCCCAUGUUUUUUUUGAGUUUUUACCAUAUAUUGGGAAAAUUCAUUGGAAAAUUAAAAAAUGACCUCAAAAUACCUCCCCAGUCAAAUUUCCUUUCAGAAAAAGUGCUAUUAUUGUAAAUCGGAGCAAAAGUACUGGUAGUAAAGUUAUCCACAGGAAAAAAAUUAAUUCCUCGUUCCACUAAGAAUCUAAAAAUAAUAAUAAUUAUAGCAACAAAUUUAUAUUGAUUUACAAUUUAUUAAAAAUAUUGUUUUAACUGUUAUUGAAAUCAUUUAUAUAUUACUAGGUUUUCUCAAUUCAUGAAAGAUGCAAUUUUAUUAAGCUAUCUUUUGCCCUUUCUAUGAAUUGUACAAAUUCACUCCUGAGGUGUAACAUAUAUAUCGUGACAUAGAGUUUGAGUUAAUCUCAAAAUAAAUUAAUUUUUUUUGUUUUUUUGUCGAUCGUGACAACCAAUAGAAAAAUCAGAGGUCGAUAUCAUUAACACAAGUCUUUUAAAGUUGGCCAUUCCUGCUAUAUACCUACUUUAGGUACUUACAUCAUCGAAAACCAAGUUGUCGGCCUAUCAUGUUCUGGAGUUUUUUUUAUUCAGUUAUAACUUAUAAAUAUACAAUUUCACAUGGUCCGGAUACUAAAGCCCGUAAUAAAACUUCAUAAAUUAAUCAAUUUAGCCAAAACCAUUCUCUAUAUAUAAUACACUGCAACAUUUAACUAGGUCAAAUCCAAAACGGCUCCAUUUUCCACUAGUGUUGUAUGUUUAUUUUUCGAAAAAUUGUUGAACGCUGUUGCAACUACAAAUCUCGCCAACCUCAGAUUCCAUUGUAUACGCAAACCUGACCAUAUUCAUUUACGUUCAUAAUAUAAAUCAAUUAUAUGUGUAUAUAUGUAUGUUACCCCAAAAAUGUAAAAGCGUCUAUUUUCAUGAAAUGUGCUAUUUUUGACGCAAUUUAUGAAAUGCGUAAGCAAUUUACACAAUUUACAGGUUAAACAAAUGUUAAAACUUUUUGCCCAUUUCAUGAAUUGGGUAAAUAAAUAGAAACAAAAUUUUACGAUGGAAAAUUAUUAAAACUACGAAAAAAUAAUAUGAUAAAAAUUCUUAUUUGGUAAAUUAGUAAAUGUGCACAAAUAAAUAUAGAAAAACACAAUUAAUUUUCUCAUGUAUCCGUCUAUAAUCUAUAUAAUAUGAAAAACAAAUGAAUUUUAAUAAUUAAACUUACUCUUCGAUAUUAUUUUACAAAAGUUUAUAUAAUUGCUCAUUUUAUAAAUUGAGUUAGUUUUAUUAGUACCCAAUCCUUGAAAUCUACAAAUUUGUACAAAUGAACAGGCAGUUUUUAUAAUUGAGCAAAAUAUUUUAUAAAUUUGUCGCUUUUACGUUCGGAACGUAAUACAUAUGCAUAUCUUUGCGGCUCGGUGUAAAGAGGACCAAUGUAAAAACAAAAUUAUUAUCUAUUAGUGACUAUGAACUAUAACUGUGGACUUAACAAUAUAUUUUUUCAAUUUUCGCAAUUUAAUUAAUUUUUUUCAGCUUUCAAAUUUUAAUUCAUUUUUCAAACAAUUUUUUUUUUACUUUGGCCCUUCUUACACCAAGUCACCUAUAUAUAUGGAUACAAGCACAGGUCUGAUUAUAUUGAAAAUAUAGAACAUCUUUGGAAUUAAAUAAACCGUAAAAAAUCUAUACAAACGAAAAUUUCAAACUUUUAACGAUAUCGAUUAACAAAAAUUUAGCAAUUUGCAACUUGCAAUUUAAAAUUGGACUAGAAUCGAAACUACAUGUUCCGAAAGAUAGGAAAAUGAGAUUUAGUGAUACUGUUUUAUAGAGAUUUUCGAAGAUGAAUCCGGUUCUGUAAUUAGUUCGAACAGGUCUAAAUUUAAUGGGAUAGUAGCGGUUUGUGUCAAAACUAACAAUAGUUCCAUUGGAUCAUGUGAGUUUUAUAACUGAACCUUAUUUAACGACGUUAAAAAUCACAUAUUUCAACUACGAAUGGUUAAAAAAAUUUGAAUUCUUAGCGCCUGAAUUGCAUAAGCCAAAUGCAUUUUGGAUUUAUGCGUUGUACAAGAAAGCCUUAAUUUUUGGAACACGCGAGUUUAGAUUAUAGCCUACUCAUUGUUUACCUACUUGAUUGCGGUUAGGGAAAAAUGUAUUGAACGCAAUAAUAAUAACGAACAUAAUUUAAGAAACUGACGCAUGUACAUGUAAAAUUAACCAAUGGAUUUUUUUUUUUUGUUUGUUUAUAGAUCGGGUGGUGGCAUUGAGGUUAGUGUUCGACAAUAAGGGUACUGCACAACCGAAUUUUGGCCGGGCUUCGGAUCUGAGUCGAUCGCUGACCGAGCUGGUUCGCGAAUACGGCUUGCACGUUGAACUGGAAACCGAAGCGGCGGCCGCUUAUACACCACCGUGUGCUACGGCGGCGGUCGAAUACAACGGCGGUAACGACACGGAAAAGCCCAGCGUGAAAUCCAACAUUCUGUCGGCCGUCCGAGGGACGGCGCAACGUUUGUGGAAUCAGAAAGAACUAGUUUUUAAAAGUAGCGGUGGUGAUUGCAACGACCGCGCACGCCGGGAGGACGCGAACAAAAUGCAGAACUGCAGCGGUGCCGCAGACGUGGAAAACGGACACGCUUCGUCGUCGGCCAUAGCCGAUGUAGACGCGACUGCGGUCAGCCCUACCCGCGAGAAAUCGCCGUGUUCGGCGGUUACGGUGGUUAACGAGACCGUCCAGAAGUCAUCCGCGAACCGAUUGCAAUACCGUACGCUGGAAUACGGCGCCUCGCCCGCAGAUAUGGACGCGCAGUCGUCCCCGGAAUGCAGCAUCCAGUGCGGUACGGUUAUCGAUUCGUUGGAACCCGGCCGAACCGUGACGUCGUUGACAUCUGCGGCCCCGGCAGCGGUGGCUACCGAAAACGACGCGGUGGCAACCUCGGAUUGUUAUGUGACGGCACAAGUACCCGUAGUUGAUUGCAGUGAAGGCACCGUGGUCGUUACGGUCGACGACGACGAUGCGAAAAGUCACGUUGAACCUAAUGUCAACAAUGUCAACGAAUCGUCGAAUAAACACGCGGCCGCCAACCCUCCGCCGCCCCCGCCCCGUAAGUACUAUGUGUCUACCGUUCCGCCGGUGGUCCCAUCCGCCGUGACCACUUCUCAUGAUGUACCUACAGUGACGGAGACGACUAACACGCUUCAGCAUAUCGCUCCAAAUCGUUCCACCGUGACGCCGGAAAAAGCUUCACCGUCAUCGUCGCCGUCUGACAACAGUGAAAUCCCUGUCGUAGUACCGGACGAUUAUUAUUGGUGUACCACGACUGUGAUGGCUCCACCCGUUUUGUCAACGUUCGGAAAACGGUUGUCCGCAGCAGAGACGGUUGGCGACGAGAAAGAAGUAGAAGAAGAAGAACGAGGAAAUAUAAUAAGGCGUGUUGACAAUAACGGAGAAGUCGAGGACACCGGUAUGUGUAACGGUGGCGAAGUCGUCGCUGCCGUGGAGCAAUUGCACGUUCACGGCGGAAGUGUCGCUGUGACCGGUGGCGUGACGACGACGACCAGCAUAGAGGAUGCUUCGUUGCCGUCAUUUUCUUCCGACGAAGACGACGAAGACAAUGGCGUUUUCGUCGAAAAGACGAAAUCCCAGUGUUCAGCCGUCGCCGAUAACGCGUUAGACGAGUGCAAUUCUACCGUCAACGGUGUGACCGGUAAAAGAAACAACGGAGAUGGCAAAGAAACCGUCGUAAAAGUCACCUCCGGCCAGCCGGGCCGGUACAAUAAUACCGCUGAAGACUGUGUCAUGUCACCACCGGUUGGUGCUGCUGGUAGGGAACCGAAAUCACCCAUAACAAAGUUGCCGACUUUAAGACAGCAGUCUUCUCCUCCGACCACCACUGCAAAUAACACGUCAACAUACUUCGGUUCUUCUUCGGCCUCGACUUCGUCGUCGUCGUCGUCGUCGUCGUCGCCGUCGUCUCCUACGAACCAUAGUGGCAAUAAUAACAACAAUUCUCCCAUUGUAUCCAAAAUACCGGUGCGAAGACAGUCCGCUGGCAGUGGCGGUGGUGGUGGAACAACAGUCGUUUCGUCGCCACUGACCAACGGAACCGGGAAAAAAUCUAUACCGUUACCGCUGUCCAGGAGUGGUUCCCGGUUAGCCAUGUGGUCGUCGGUCAAUUAAUCCUUUUCGUCACGAAAAAACAAUAUAACUAUAUAUAAUAUUACCAAUAAUAUUUUUAAAUAUAUAAUAAUAUAUUAUAAUUUUGGUGACCACCAAAAAUACCCGAGGAGAAAAUAUCUACAUGAUGUAGGUAUAUGUAAACUUCGUAGAAGUGUUUCCAUAUAUUAUGAUCUAAAUUCUAAAUGUAGUCUGUAUUAUAGUCAACCACUGUUGAAUUUCGAGAGCACAGUGCUAGUAGUAUUACGGGUACUAAAGUUGUCUAUAAAGUUUGAAAAUCGUAAAAUAAUGCGAUUAUCGCUGUUUAAGUAUAAUAAAAGUAAAAGCAUUUAUGAUAAUAUACACUUUUACUCAAACUCACUAAUAUUAUGAAAGUAGACGUUUAAAAUCUUUAUAAACACACACACACACACACUAUCGUAAUAUUAUAUGCGUAAACAAUGUAUAGAUUAUAUAGAAAAUAAACAACUAAAAUGCAUCUAUAGAAAUCCUUUUUUUGUUUUUGUUGUUAUUAUUAUCUUGAAUCGCUGAACCCGGGAAUCAAGCCGCGUCCUUCUAAAGAUCGAUAUAGAAAACUAAUUAUCGAAAACGAUUUUAAUAUCACAAUUAUUUUGUUAGUUACCUAUAUAAUUGGUAUUAGGUACUUUAAGUCGUUCAUAGUUAGCCGUUUCGCGGUUAACAAGGUACUGAACAUACGAGUAAUACUUACGCAGAUACCACAAAGCAUAAACCAUAAAGGGUAGUAAAUAUGUUUUUAUAGAUUCAUGGUAGGCACAUAUAUAUAAAUAUACAUUUUUUUUUCUUGGAGAUUUCUUAUUUUUUAAUAGUUUUGUAAUUAAAUAUUUUUCGAUACGAGGAUUUCCUACCUUUUUUUUUUUUUUUUACCUAAUAUGGAAAUUUUUUACUUGGGAUAUUUUCCCCAAGAUUUAAUAAUAUUAUAAUAUAUUAUUGAACCAAAUUAUUGUGUAUUUGUACGAUGUGAAAAUUGAAUUUGAUAGUUAUAUUAUUAGUUAUAUAUAUAUAUAUUUUAUAAUUAUUCAUUUUAAAUAUUAUUAUAUUUUUGUGUAAAAUUCGGCGUGUGUUACACUGCACACACUACGAUUUUAUGUAUUCUUUUGUCAGCUGAAAUUUCAAAUUGAAUAAACGUAAUGAUAUUAUAAUACUAAAUUAUUACAGAAACGUCAAUAAACGGCAAACUAUAUUGUGUUUUUUUCAUCCUAAUACUAUCUUGUUCCCCGAAGAAGAAUAUUUGAGCACUAUAGCGAUUCAAAUCAGCACGUUUGGGUUAUUUUAUGUAACACAUUUUAGCCCCAAAUAUAUAGUGUUAUGGCAUUUAUGGAUAUCAAAAGUUAUUAGAACCCGAGCACUGGAUUUGUUUUUUUUUUUUUAUAAAAGAAAUCUAUUAGAUAUUUAUAUUAUUAUAAAUUAGAUACAUAUCUAAUACAUAAGUAUACCGUCAUUAAGGGUAAAUCCAGCAUCUAUUUGACCGUGACACAUGACACUUAUUAUAAAGGCAUUUACCAUGAGUAGAACACGAGAACACUAUGACAUACAUUAUUGACUUUGGUUGUGCCUAUGGAAUUUAAAUACAUGUAACUUUUACCUAGUACUAGUAGGUAGUUAACAUAAAAAAAUAAAAUGUCUCCCUUUUAGGAAACAAACGAGACCAUUAAUACGUUUUAAGGCUG